AUGAGCGCGUUUGACGCUCAGGCGCCGUACGGGAAGGAAGCGCCGCCUCACCUCCUCGCCUCCAAUAGUACCACGUUGGAGCACCAUCGACAGGUAGUCCCCUCUCACAUGAUGAGCGCGUUUGACGUUCAGGCGCCGUACGGGAAGGAGGCGCCGCCUCGCCUCCUCCCCUCCCCCCUCCCUCUGUCCCCCUUUUUCAUUCUCCGAACCGAGUCGCUUCGCCUCGCUCCGUCCAGGGAUCAUCUGUCCACACUCGCGCUUCCCUCUCGCAACCCACGGAGUAACAGAGGCAGUUGUGCGGCCCUCUUCACUGCCUAUGGCGCGGCUGCGGCAUCAUUCCUUCCUCGCGAUGCGGGUUCGUACGAGCUCUUGCGGUCGUACGAGCUCUUGCGGUCGUACGAGCUCUUGCGGUCGUACGAGCUCUUGCGGUCGUACGAGCUCUUGCGGUCGUACGAGCUCUUGCGGUCGUACGAGCUCUUGCGGUCGUACGAGCUCUUGCGGUCGUACGAGCUCUUGCGGUCGUACGAGCUCUUGCGGUCGUACGAGCUCUUGCGGUCGUACGAGCUCUUGCGGUCGUACGAGCUCUUGCGGUCGUACGAGCUCUUGCGGUCGUACGAGCUCUUGCGGUCGUACGAGCUCUUGCGGUCGUACGAGCUCUUGCGGUCGUACGAGCUCUUGCGGUCGUACGAGCUCUUGCGGUCGUACGAGCUCUUGCGGUCGUACGAGCUCUUGCGGUCGUACGAGCUCUUGCGGUCGUACGAGCUCUUGCGGUCGUACGAGCUCUUGCGGUCGUACGAACUCUUCCGGUCGACUGCGGCGAUGAACUCGGAGCGCGUAGCACUCCUCUGCAUGCUGCUAUGUGCGGCACUCUUCACUGUCCAUGGCGCGUUUGCCUCAUCGUUCCUCCCACGCGACGCUGGAGCGAUUGCUGCGUCUGCCACUUCUGCCACCUCUACUCUUCACCCCAGGCGUCAGCUGUUAAAAGGAAUGAUAAUAGCGAGAUUCGGCGCCGUCUUGCGUCCCACGUGGCACCAGGGGAAAGUGAUCGGCGACAGAGCGGCUUCGGGGAGAAUUGUUGUGACAGCCGUGAGGUAA